AUGUCACAACACCACUACCCUCCUCCCCCAAGUCAAGGAGCCGCAUACUCUCAUCCUCAAAAUGCCCCUUCUUUUCCACCACCCCCACAACCCUCUCCAGGCUUCCCCCAACCGUCGUCUGGCUUCCCUCAGCCUUCACCCGGUUUCCCGCCUCCAAACUUCAGUUAUCCUCCCCCUCCGACACAACAGCCUCCCCCGCAGACCGAGUUUCCCCCUCCACCUUCUGUAAGCCCUCCGAGUGAAAAGGCCUACGCCAGCCACAAUGCUGCGACAUUUGCUGCCAACACAGGCCUGCCCCAAUCACCGCCGCCUCCCGUAAAUGAAAAGAUGUACGCGUCAAUGCCUCAGUCGCCUCCGCCUCAAGCAUCCCAUCGGAUGUCGCAAUCACUCGGCGGUGCAGCAUUCCAAGGUGCCACAUCCACGGCCGGGGAUGAUGUAGGGACUUUCAAUGGUGGAAGUUAUCGUAUUAGCCACCGGGACACCAAUUCUCUCCUCACUUUGCAGUUGGCGGUCGGAUGUCCACUACAAGUGAAGCCAGGUGUGAUGAUUGGAAUGUCUCCUUCGAUGACCCUCAAAGGUACAUUAUCUUUCGGGUGGAUGAAGUUUCUGGCAGGAGGGGAAAUGGCCAUGUCUACAUACACCGGUCCUGGUGAACUACUGAUUGCCCCGACGUUACUCGGUGACAUUACUGUCCUUCGUCUAAGUGAGGGACAAGAGUGGAAAGUCGGACGAGAUGGUUUCCUCGCUGCAACAAGCGGUAUCAGCCAUGAUCACAAAACGCAGGGCUUGGCCAAGACCUUCUUUUCUGGCGAAGGCCUCUUUGUUUAUAGGUUCUGGGGAAACGGUUUGCUCUGGAUUCAAAGCUUCGGCGCAAUCCUCAAGAAAGACCUCGCGGACGGAGAGUCCUACUUCGUGAACAAUGGUCACCUCGUAGCUUGGAACUGCAAGUACAAGCUCGAGCGCGUGGCGUCCGGUGGAAUCAUCUCCAAUAUGAGCGCAGGUGAGGGUCUGGCUUGCAAAUUUACUGGACCUGGUACCGUGUACCUCCAAACUCGAAAUGUUGCUGCAUUUGCUAUGCAAAUUGGCGCCGCAAAGCUGCACUAG